CACUUGGUUUGUGGAUUGAAGCUGUGGGGAUUAUUUAAAAGGGUUAUCAUAUUUUCAGAAAAAGUACAAUAAGGUCAGUGUAAAACUAACUUUGUUCCUUCGGUGAGUCCCAUCAUUUUUCCGUUCUACUUUUGAAAAUAUCCAUGUAUUCUGAAUUGAUAUGCUCCAUAAGAUUUUAUUCUUCUUCAAAUUACCUUUACUAACAAAUCUUAUGAUUUUCCUUAGACCCAUUUCCAAUUUAAUUAGUGUCUUUGAUAACCUGGCCACAGAGACCCGUGACUCUCAAGUGCUAUGUUUAAAUUUGAGAUGCGGUGCAUUAAUUUUAUCCACCCGGCCAUUGGUGGUCUAUGACUCGCCAUGAGGUAGUUGCUGAUAUGUGAUUGUUGAUUAUCGUUGUGCAAUUAUCCUUGACGUCAAUCUCGUACUAUCCAUUUACUUUUGUGGAUGGAAUACCGGCUCGGCAUGGGUUGUUGCCGAGAUUGAUGCUUCGAUGCUGAACUUAUUGAGCUGCUCCGUUGACUCACUUGCGCUACGUGUUAAUUUAGUCGACGUGCAUUACUCAUU